AUGUGCAGUGGAACAGAGAGGAGAAAAGUUACUGGGAACGAACACUCUCCCCUUUGCCUAAGGCCUGAUCAGCUGAUGAUAGGAAGCCGGUGUGACUCAUCCUCAUCUGAAUUAUUCACUUAUUCCUGCGCGAAGCCCGUGGAGUCUUUGGAGUGUCAAGGAGGUGAAGCUCAAGCUUCAAGAAAGACUCCAGUAAUUGUUAAAUGUGGGAAGAAAAGGUCUUCUAUAAGACUAGUUGAGGAAGAUGUGAGGGGUGAAGCACAGACUAUGCUGGAAAGAUUUGGAGCUGAAAUUAAAAGGAUUCUUCUUGCAAAGAGAAAAAGAUUAGAAAUGUAUACUGAGACUUCCCUCAAAAACAGGAACCAGAAAAUUGAAAAUAUUUGGAAAACAAAAUAAGAGCAAAAAGAACUUAACCAAGAGUAUUCUCAGAAGUUUCUUACUAUGUUUCAGCAGUGGCAUAUAGAUGUACAGAAAGCUGAGUGACAUGACGAAAAAGUAGUUAAUAUGUUUUGAGAGCAACAAAAGAAUUUUCAACAAUUUAGUAUUAUUCAGAGCCAGAGACAUACCAUCAAACAGUUAUACGAGCAGUACAUAAAGAGUAUGGAAGAUUUGGAGAAGAAGCAUGAAAGUCUUUGUAAUAGUCCACAAAAUGAACUUAGGAAAAAAAUGGCUUGAUGCAAAAAAAAAAAAAUUAUGAUCGAUAUUCAGCAGCAAGAGAUGGCAAGUGUUCGAACGUCUCCUCAGUCCAUGUUAUUCUGA